AUGUCUUUAGUACAGGAUUUUAUUCCCUACAAUGGGCUGAUUAUUGGUGAGGAUGGCUUUAAGCGUAGGCGACCUCGAAUCCCGGAUGCUGGCGAGAGCCGAGUCAGGUAUUUGCUUCCAAACUGGCUAUACAUUCGGGAUAGGAACGGUCGCUAUUUUACCAAACGUCCCUCUCCCGAUUAUCGCACCCUGACCCUCCGUGGCGGGGAUCCAGAUGCCGACUGUCUCUUCCAGGCCGUCCCGACCCGAGUGUCUGGACACUAUUCUUUGCGAGGGAAUGACGGACGGUAUUGGGUUCGCUACGAUACUGGUUGGCUGUCAAGCGAUUACAUUACUCCAUACGCUGGCUUUAGGCUCAAAUACUUGGGCAACAACUCUGUCUACUUUACUGACAAUCUAAGCCCCUCAGAUUUAUACUUGUCUAGCAAGUUAGACAACCUGGGGUCACCUCUUUUCACCACUAUCGCCGGUCUAGACGAUUCAUGCUGCUUUGAAAUCGUCUCGGCUGCACUCGAGACCGAUAUCUACGACAUCCAUUACAACCUAGCUGGGGCUCAAAUACGCGGGCUCCCCCCUACAACUAUCUUGAUCACUUCCAUUUCCAACAACUCAGAUUCUCCUGCAAGCCGGGAACUGUACUUGUCCUACAAAGCAUCGGAAGAUGGCACAUGGAACAAUGCCGCCGGUAUCGAAAUUGGGAUUUCGUCCAGUUUCUCAGCUGGUGUGCCGUCUAUUUCCAGCACAGAUAUGGGGAUCUCUAUCUCUAAACCAUGCACUCAUCUAUGGGGUGGUACUGCACAAGUCGAGAAGACCGUGUCGGAGACAGUUACAGUGACCGUUCCUCCACGUAAAAAGGCAAAGGCAAUCGUCGCCUUGCAGAAUGCGGAGAUAAUAGUUGGAUUCACGUAUCGGAAGAGGACAUUAUAUACGAACGGGAGGAUGGAAGAUGAGGUGGAGCAAGGCAUCUACAGGAAUGUAGACUCGUACCACAUCAAUGUCCAACUUACCGACUGGGAGUCCACGGACUAA